CCCCAUCACCCCUCCUUCCCCCCUCCCCGUUCCAGGUCCCGCCAUGGGCAGCAUCUACAAGGACUACUUCAACACGGCCAAGAUCCGCGAGCACUACAACUACACCAAGGAGGGCCCGGACGCCUCCUCGGCUUCGUCCCGCGGCGCCGUCUCCAUCCUCAUCGUCACCCUCUGCUGCUUCAUCGUCCUCGAGAACCUCCUGGUGCUCGUCUCCGUCUGCCGCAACCCGAAGCUGCACUCCGCCAUGUUCAUCUUCAUCGCCAACCUCGCCUUCUCCGACCUGCUGGCCGGCCUGGCCUUCAUGGCCAACGUCCUCCUCUCGGGCUCCGCCACCUUCAACCUCACCCCGGUGCAGUGGUUCGUCCGCGAGGGGACGGCCUUCGCCACGUUGGCCGCUUCGGUCUUCAGCCUGUUGGCCAUCGCCAUCGAGCGCCACGUGGCCAUCACCCGCGUGAAGGUGUACGGCGGCGACAAAGGCUGCCGGAUGGUGCUGCUGAUCGGCGCCUGCUGGUUGGUGGCGGCGGCCGUGGCCAGCCUGCCCAUCAUGGGCUGGAACUGCAUCAGCGACCUCCGCGACUGCUCCACCGUCCUCCCCCUCUACUCCAAGCGCUACGUCCUCUUCGUCGUCACCAUCUUCACCCUCAUCCUCCUGGCCAUCGUCGGCCUCUACGGCCGCAUCUACUGCAUCGUCCGCUCCAGCCGAGCCGACGCCGCCGGCUCCCAAACGCUGGCGCUGCUCAAAACCGUCACCACGGUGCUGGGAGCCUUCAUCGUCUGCUGGCUGCCCGCCUUCGUCAUCCUCCUCCUGGACGCCUCCUGCCCCGUCCGCUCCUGCCGGGUCCUCUACGGGGCCAAAUACUUCUUCGCCUUCGCCACCCUCAACUCGGCGGCCAACCCCAUCAUCUACACCCUGAGGAGCAAAGAGAUGCGCAGGGAGUUCCGCAGGGUGCUUUGCUGCUGUGGGGCGGGCCGUGGGGCUGACAGCCCCGGGGGGCGCUGCGCCCUCCCGCUCCGGACCUCCAGCUCGGCCGAGCGCUGCACUCAGAAGCAGGGGCUGCCCGCCUCGCCCGGCACCCGCGACUGCACCACGUCGGUCUGAGCGCCGAGACCCCCACGGAUGGCCCGCGGCUGCCCCACGGGUGCCCCAUUGGAUGCCCCAUAGGUGCCCCACGGAUGCUUCGUGGGCGCCCCAUGGAUGCUUCUUGGUGCCCCAUUGGAUGCCCCAUAGAUGCCCCACAGGUGCCCCACGGAUGCUUCGUGGGCGCCCCAUUGGAUGCCCCAUAGGUGCCCCACGGAUGCUUCGUGGGCACCCCAUGGAUGCUUCGUGGGUGCCCCAUUGGAUGCCCCAUAGGUGCCCCACGGAUGCUUCUUGGGUGCCCCACGGGUGCCCCAUUGGAUGCCCCAUAGGUGCCCCACGGAUGCUUCGUGGGCGCCCCAUGGAUGCCCCAUGGAUGCUUCGUGGGUACCCCAUGGAUGCCCCAUGGAUGCUUCGUGGGUACCCCAUUGGAUGCCCCAUGGAUGCUUCGUGGGUGCCCCAUGGAUGCCCCAUGGAUGCUUCGUGGGUACCCCAUGGAUGCCCCAUGGAUGCUUCGUGGGCGCCCCAUGGAUGCCCCAUGGAUGCUUCGUGGGCGCCCCAUGGAUGCUUCGUGGGUACCCCAUUGGAUUCACCUUCGUUGCCCCAUGGAUGCCCCAUGGAUGCUUCUUGGGCGCCCCAUGGAUGCUUCGUGGGUGCCCCAUUGGAUGCCCCAUGGAUGCUUCGUGGGUGCCCCAUGGAUGCUUCUUGGGUGCCCCACGGGUGCCCCAUUGGAUGCCCCACAGGUGCCCCACGGAUGCUUCGUGGGUGCCCCAUGGAUGCCCCAUGGAUGCUUUGUGGGUGCCCCACGGAUGCCCCAUGGAUGCUUCUUGGGUGCCCCACGGGUGCCCCAUUGGAUGCCCCAUAGAUGCCCCAUGGAUGCUUCUUGGGUGCCCCAUUGGAUUCACCUUCAUUGCCCCAUGGAUGCUUCUUGGGCGCCCCACGGGUGCCCCAUUGGAUGCCCCAUAGGUGCCCCACAGAUGCUUCUUGGACACCCCAUUGGAUGCCCCAUGGACGCUUCUUGGGUGCCCCAUAGAUGCCCCAUGGAUACUUCUUUGGUGCCCUAUUGGGUGCCCCAUGGAUGUUAUUUGGUUGCCCCACGGAUGCUUCUUGAGUGCCCCACAGGCACUCCAUGGACACCCCAUGGAAGCCCCAUAGAUGCCCUAUGGAUACCCUAUGGACACCCCACAGACACCACAUGGAUGCCCCAUACGACCCCGUGGAUUCUUCUUGGUUGCCCCAUGGAUGCCCCACAGAUGCCCCAUGGAUGCCCCACAGAUACCCCAUGGAUGCCCCAUGGCCACUACCGGGAUAUCCCAUAUGUACUCCAUGGCCACAAUCCAUAGGGACCCCACGGCCACCCCAUGGGUGACCCACAGCCACCCCAUGGCCACCCCAUGGCCACCUUACAGCCACCCCAUGGCCACCCCACGGCCACCCCAUGGGUGACCAAUGGCCACCCCAUGGCCACCCUACAGCCACCCUAUGGCCACCCCAUGGGUGACCAAUGGCCACCCCACGGCCACCCCACGGCCACCCCAUGGCCACCCUACAGCCACUCCAUGGCCACCCCACGGCCACCCUAUGGCCACCCUACGGCCACCCCAUGGAUGACCAAUGGCCACCCCAUGGCCACCCCACGGCCACCCCAUGGCCACCUUACAGCCACCCCAUGGCCACCCCACGGCCACCCUAUGGCCACCCUACGGCCACCCCAUGGCCACCCCACGGCCACCCCAUGGGUGACCAAUGGCCACCCUUAUGGCCGCCCCACAGCCACCCCCCCGCCCCACCUCGGGGGCACCCAGCGGUACGAAUCUCCAACCCCAUCUCCCCGCCCCCCCCAGACCCCUUCACCCCCCUCCCCAACCCCCCCCCCCUCUAAGGUACGAACAGUCCGAUCCCUUCCAAUUACCCCAAUUAAUUAAUUACCCCUCCCCCCCAUCCCCGCCCCCCCCCGGCGUGCACGGGCGCAUCUCCCCACGCCCUGCCCGCUCCCCGGGGCCAUCGGAUCCCGUUGGACGGGUCCUGGUGGUGAAUUCCCCCCCCCGCCCCCCCCC